AUGAGCAACGUCUUCUCCACCGAAAACAUCAACGGGGUUAUUAUCCCCUCGGCCCUCCUGGUGGUCGGCACCUUUCUUGUUAAGAAGGAAUUGGUGCCGUUUGCCGUUGCAGUAGCUGCUAUGCUCUCUGCAUGGAAGGUGUUUAGCAACAAACAACGAAAGGUUCUCAAUCCUACCGAGUUCCAGGAGUUCCCCUUGACCAAGAAAACCGAGAUUUCUCACAAUGUCACCAUCUACCGCUUCUCGCUCCCUCGCCCCACCGACAUCCUGGGUCUCCCCAUCGGCCAGCACAUUUCCCUCGCCGCCAACAUCCCCGGCCAGCCCAAGGAGGUUGUGCGCUCAUACACCCCCAUCUCCUCGGACAAUGAGGCUGGGUACUUCGACCUUCUGGUCAAGGCCUACCCGCAAGGUAACAUCUCCAAGUACCUGACCACCCUCGAGAUCGGUCAGACCAUGAAGGUCCGUGGUCCCAAGGGUGCUAUGGUUUAUACUCCGAACAUGUGCAGCCGCAUUGGAAUGAUUGCUGGUGGUACCGGCAUUACCCCUAUGUAUCAGAUCAUCAAGGCGAUCAUCCGCAACCGUCCCCAGAAUGGUGGAAAUGACACCACCAAGAUCGAUCUCAUUUUCGCUAACGUGAACCCCGAGGAUAUCCUGCUCCGGGAUGAGCUGGAUGCGCUCGCCAAGGACGAUAAGCUCUUUGACAUUCACUACGUUCUCAACAACCCUCCCCAGGACUGGUCGGGUGGUGUUGGCUUCGUUACCCCCGACAUGAUCAAGGAACGCCUGCCUGCUCCCGCCAGCGAUAUCAAGAUCCUCCUUUGCGGUCCGCCUCCGAUGAUCAGCGCCAUGAAGAAGGCUACCGAGUCUCUUGGCUACACCAAGGCUCGUCCUGUCAGCAAGCUCGAGGAUCAGGUUUUCUGCUUCUAA